GGAAGAUAACGAAAUAGAGUCUAAAGUACUACAUUCUGCAUCUACUUUUCUGACUUCGAGUGACUUACAGAGUAAGGAUGUUACGCAUCUAGAGUCACGAGAAGGCGGGAUUGAUAAAUCGAAUAAAUACG